ACUACUAUAUCGCGACUUGCAAUUUUGGAUUAAUUAAUUUCAUAUUUUCUAUUCCGUUUCUCUCUUUCGCCAUCCUUUCUCAGCGUCAUUAGAUAUUCUACAUAUUAUACAUGCACCGGAGCGCUUGUUGACAACGACCCCCGCAGAUCAGCCAGGCUGCUUCGCCAUAAUGUCUGCCGAUUUAUUCGCAGAAUUCGGCCUAAAUUCAACAUCUACUCAAUCCUCAAACACCCGCCGCCAGCAGACAACUCAUGCGCGGACAAGUUCUCUCAUUCCCGAUCUGGACACAUCGGAAGAUGCAGACUUUGGCGAUUUCACGAGCCCGGCUCCGUCGGCACCUUCAAUAGGCCAGCAAACAAGGCAACUUCAAUACGAUGACAAUGUAUUGUUUGAUGCGACGCUUGAGACUGCUUCGAAUGCGGGAUCUGAUGAUUGGGGGGAGUUUGAGACUGCGGAGCCAUCGCCGGCUCAGCAGCAGCCGACGGGGCCUAUUCAUGCGCCAGUUCGGGUUCAGGGCCAGUCUAAGAGCUCUGAUCUUCUGUCUGGGGACCUGGGUUUAUUAUCCAUUGAGGACAAGAAGCCGCCAUCGAAACCUCAGGCAAGGAAAGUAGUGCCCAAGAAAAGCCCUUUGCCUCAAAGCAAGGCCUCUAUAAAGCCGCCUGAACCGCCUGAAGACGAUCCCUUUGAAGAUUGGGGGGAUUUCAAUGAUGGGCCUCCGUCAGCACCCAGUCCAAGUUUGCCUCGCAAACCAGGAAUCACGCCAGGACGGACAUUGAACAAACAGCCCCCGGCGCAACCAGAAAGAAGUGCGUCACAAGCUUUCAACAAGAUCAGUCAAGAAAGCGUCCCCGCAAGUCAAGUACGACCGACAAACAUCCCUCCGCCAUCUGUCCUGCUGGAGUUAUUUCCCCAGGUGCUGGAUCAACUACGACAAGAAGCAACACAAGCUAGAAAGAACGCGCAACAGAAAGAAGCUCUCGAAGCAGCAGCAUCAGCGAUCACCUGUACCUUGAAGACAGCUGCACGAGUAAUCGCCGGCCGCACUCACCGAUGGAAAAGAGACGCCAUUCUAAGCCAAAGCAUGAGAAUUGGACCAGCACGCUCCGGAAAAGCCGGCGGCAUGAAGCUUAGUUCAGUCAACAAGAACGAAGAUAUCAAAGAGCAGCAAGAAGCCGUUGACGUGAUUACAAUCUGGCGUGACCGGGCUGCGCUGUUCAACUCUGUGGUUCAAACCUCAGGAAAACGUCCGGUUCCUGUCAUUCCGGAGAAUGUCCGGGCUCUUACUGCAAGCGCUGAGCAAGGGGCUAUCAGGGCAUCUCAUGCUUGCGCGCUCUGCGGGUUGAAACGGGAUGAGCGAUUACCGAAGGUGGAUGAGGGUGUUGAGGAUAGCUUUGGGGAGUGGUGGACGGAUCAUUGGGGGCAUACUGAUUGCAAGGAAUUUUGGCAGAGCAAGAUGAAGUUACUUGGCCAGCGAUAAGCAAUGCUGGUUGACUGGAUCCUCGUACAUCCGUUUCAUGGCUGCACAAUCGGGGACAUCAUAACCAAUCGGGAUUGUGCGUUGUCGCCCUCGUGAUUGCCGUAUCAUGAGACCAAUGUACUCAUAUACUCUAUGCGCAGUCAUUUCCCAAGGUCCAGAGAUGCUGGUAUUUUCAAGGUCUGAUGGUGGACUGUUAUCGGGGCGAAGCGAUAAGCCGGGAGCAUGGAUGGCAUCAUCGUCAGCUGUUCUUCACGGUCAAAACACCGUCAAGUGAUAAUAUUGUACAUUUAGAGGCAUUAGAGACGCUAUAAUAAAUGGUUUCUCUAGGAAGAAGUCA